UUUAAAUCUAAAUGCCGUUGCAAGAGUCCCUCCCUCCACUGAGCGAAGCCAUUAUCGAACUAUACCUGAACGUAAAGGUCAGGAGUAAUGAAGAGAUUAGUAAUUACGAUGAGUCAGUCUUUGAAAAAGAAAAAGAUAAGCUGAGAGAACUCAGCCCUCACACUGUCCUAGACUACAUCAAGUCCUCCGUAGAAAUACUAAUGAACAUUAAAAGCGAGGAAAGAAAGAGCAAAAAGAAGAAAGACAAGCCUCUUAGAUUUGUUGAUGAGUCUGAUGAUAUUUUGUCAGCAACUUCUCAGAGCUUGUGAUCCACACUCGAGCAGUUCAAAGAUGGUCCACCCAAGGAAUAUGAGGAAGCAAUUCAAAAGCUAGAAGGAGAUGUAAGAAUGCAUAUUAGAGUGGAACAACAAAUGAGACUCCACAUAGAAAAUCUACAACAAAAAAUCGAAGAUAUAGAAAAGGCUAACAAUUCAAACAUCUCUAAAAUAAAGAAAGAAAUUGAAAAUUUAAAGGUAGAAAAAUAGAAGGCUAAAUGAGCUUUUGAACAUUAAAGAGCAUCAAUUAAAAACAAGGAAAGGAAAAGAGCUUGAAGAAAUUAAAGAGAAAUAUGAGUCUAAGAUAAGCUUCCUCGAGGCGCAUUAUCAAGAACAAAUUGAUCAAUUACAAAGAGAGAUCAAGAUUAAAAAUAAUGAUCAUAAUUUAAAAAGCUGCCUCAAAUCUGAAAGAAGCCGGUCUUCGAAAUCAUUAAAGAAGGAAGAGAAUAAGAGAACCCACAGAAAGGAGUUGUCUUAUUCUGUUAAUUAUCUCAAAGCAGAGCCUGAAUGACAUAAUACUAAAAGGGAUGAUGAAGAAUGAGACACAGAUAUCACCCCAGCUGAAGAAUUAAAUAGUAUCGAUAAAGAAAGAAUGAUUUACAAUGCUGAAAAUAUUGGCAAUGAGUCACUUUUGGUCAAUUUUUAUAAGAAGAAACUUGAUGAUCAGAAAAAUGAGUCCUCUAAAAAUACGAUUGAAGCACAGAAUUUCACACACCGAGCAUCAGGUCCUUUGAAAGCUCGUGAUGAGAAUCAAUUGAAGGAUGGUGAAAAAUCAAACCUAACAUCAAUUUAUCUCCAAUCUAGCUCUCAUAGGAAUAUAUCUGGAUAUGUGCCAAAGCAUUACCAGAUUCCAAUCAAGAAAACUUGAGGCAAAGGUGAAUCUCGGAGUAAAAAUGAUAUGGCAGGAAAUCUAAAGAUGCUCCACAAAAAGCAUAUAAAAGCAUCUUCGAUUAGUAAGAACAACGACCCGACUCAUAAAAGAAGCAAAUCUCAUCAUUCCCAGUACGCAUCUCAUAAAAGAGUGGGCAGUGUUGCUCAUUAUUCUAUAAACUUUGGCAAACAGAUAGAAAGCAUGAGCAUUGAUAAAGACAAUUAUAGAGUCUCUCCAAAUGAAGCAAUGGAGAGUGAAUCGUUUGAUUCAAGAACAUUUAAUAAACAAAACUCUCUUAUUGACCAGAAGCAGAAAGCAAUGAACAGCCAAGCCUCUGGAUCUAGACUUGGAAAAUCUCCCUUACAAUACUGAGAUAGUUCAGACAGUAGAAAAGUUGAAGUCUCAAAUACUUGGGAUAAUAGGAAAUCGACUGCAUAUCCCUCUAAGGAUUACUCGAAAUCAACCUCAGGUUCGAGAAUAGCUCCUACAAGGACCAGCAGUAGUCUUUCGAGUUAUCACUUUAAUACAAACAGGAGUACUUUAAAUAAAAGCAAAAGGAAAGAUUCUCAGAGAGUAAGAAAAGUGGAUAGCGAAAAGAAGCUUCAUAUGAGCAGUGUUCCUAAAACUUAUAAGAAUAAAUCUCUGAAGAACCAAUCUUAUCACCCUAAGACUAAGCAAUACCUCAAAAAUACUGGGGUUGCUAAAAAUGUUAGCUCGACACAUAUAAGGAACCCUAGUCAGACCGGGACUUAUAAAAAGUUAUACUAAUCAAUAAUUGAUCUGUAA